AUGAGACACGUCAGUCUUCGUUCUUUUACUGUUUAUGGAGCGUGGGGACGGCCGGACAUGGCUGCAUACAAGUUUGCAGACAAGAUACUAAAUGGAGAAAGUGUUUCAGCGUUUUACGCAAAGCCUGCAGGUGGUCCUCUAGCCUCAAGUUCCAGAUCGUCUUCCAAAAGAAAUGAGAGACGGUCUGGAUCAACAUACGAUCAAACCGAGUUUGGAAUUUCAUAUGAAAUUGAUGUCUUCGACAUGAUUGUUUGUAAUUUCAGUGGAUCGGUGAUGGUUGAGCUUGACUUCACAUAUGUGACUGACGUGGUGGAUGGAAUCACAGCAGCAAUGAGUUACAGACCACGGCGAUGCGACGAAGUUUUCAAUCUCGGUCGUGGCCAUCCUGAACCUCUUACUUCUCUUAAUGAGUUAUCUCUACCGCCAACAGAAUUGCUACAAACGUAUGCCGACAUUAGUCACUCUAAACAGGCGCUUGGCUACAACCCAAAAAUUAGUCUUGCAGAAGAUUCAGUGAGGCAGUAA